AUGGAGAUGGAUCAUUUUACAAAUGUGCAAUCGAGAAAGAUCCUCGACGGUAUUGCCCAUUCAGAAAUAAACUCUAUCAUAGUGCCAGAGUUUAGCAUAGUCUUAACAUCAAGAAUGACUCCAUUCGGAGUUAUCUUGCGAACUGAAAUCCCCAAAAAUGCAAUAAAUGCUUAUCAAAACAUAGGAUCUAUAGUAUUUGAAAUUCAUUUAGAAGGAAAAUAUCCUUAUCAGCCUCCCAAAAUCCUUUGCGAAACAAUUUUUAGUUAUCCAUCCAUUUCUGAUGGCCGAGAUCUUUUGGCUGAAAUUUUAGAAACUAGCUGGUCUCCUAAAGUCAAAAUAUCUGAUUUGAUUAAAAAAAUACCAAAAUUUGUCGAAAAAUUAUCAAAAACAAAUAUAUUAAGGCAUCUUAAUAUAGGGAAAUUUCAUUUGGGCCAUCCAAUGCAUCUGACAAGUUGAGCAUUGAAAGAAAAUAUGGCAUAUUUUAUAUGCCACGAAAUUGAUUUAAAACUCCCUAUCAUUAAGCAUGAAAGAAUUAUUGUAAUAACUCAUACAAGGAUUUUAAUUUUAAGCGUAAGCAAGGACUUUCUUGGUGUUGGCCAUUUAAUUAGCUGAGCUUCAUUGGAUUCAAUAUAUACAAUCAUUAGAUCAAGAUCUCAAGAAAACAAAGUAGUGAUUCAAUGGAAAAAAGUAGCUAGGGAAAGACAGAUUUCUCAGCAAUUUCUGAUAGAUCAAGCGUCAGAGUUUGUUACGCUAGUAUGUAGUAAUAUUCGAAAACUAGGUGAUCUGUACAAUAAAAAUUUAGAAAACGAGCUUGAAAGUGAUGAAAUAAACUUAAACGAAGGGAACAGUAAAAUUUUAGAAGAGAUAUCUAAAUAUGAAAGUAUGUUUGAAAGCAUAAAUAAAAUAGAAACAGUUGAUUCUUUAAUGGUUCUAUAUCAAAAAGCUAUAGAGUAUUACUCUCUCAAAGAUGAAGCAAUGUAUCAAAAAUUAAUCCAGAGGAUGCAUCUGUUCCUAUCGAAGAAAAACAUUAUGAAAAUGUUUGAAAAAAGAAAAAAAUUAGAAGAGGGGAAGAAUAUGGAAAAUUUAGAAGACGAGAAAGAAAAACUUAUAUAA